AUGACUAGUGAGCUCAAUAACGUAUUCGAGUGCAUUGAGGAUGCAGAGUCAUUUAUCAAGAGUAAUAAGGUGGUGGUUGCAAUUCAGGAGUAUCGUAAGGCGAUAAAACAACUAGAUUAUAUCAAUGAAACUGAGGAUUUACCUGAAAACGUUCAAUAUGCAGUAACGCUUUUGCAUGAUGAUAUUCUUCUUCGGGUAAAGGAGCUUGGAGUUUUACAAGAAGUACAGUCCAAUUCCGAGAGUUCAGAGAGUGGGAGUAACUCGAGUAUUAGUAGGUUUGUUUCCGAUGGAAGUUUGUACCCUAAUGGGAACAGUGUGUUAAUAUCCGAUCCGUUAUUAUUAUCAAUAACGAGCAAACUUGAGAACAAUGUCAUGCGUCUAAUAAACGCAUCAGAAGAUCCUGGUAGUGUCAGUAAAACAGAAAUCAUGCAACAGUUCUCCCAAUUCAAAAGAGAAUUGACCGUUUACGAACAGAAAAAAUCCAAGGAUUAUGAGGGAAAGAUGGAACAGGUUAUUAAGGAAAAUAAGAAACUAUCAAACCAAGUAAACAGACUCAAGGAGAGAUGGGACAGUUUGGUGGAGAGUGCCAAACAAAAGAGGAAUCAACAGCAUGUGUAA